AUGCCCGACAUACCCACCACUCCCCUCGGUUCUAACCCAUCGCCACCCAAGCCUUUCACCAGCUCUCAGCCCAUAUUUGGCUAUCAAGCUCGACUAUUACAACGUACUUCAUCUACAAAGACUUCCGGCACACCUAUCUCCGGCUCAUCCGGCCUGACCUCAUCCCUCGCCAACAUGGCCAUGGGACCACCAGCUCCUCCCAACGGUACUUCACCUCCUUCCACCCCCAUCACCCGCAGUGUCAAGCGUAUGGUAGCCGAGGGAAACCGGCAGAAUGGUCCUGAGUUCGCUACCCCUGGACUCCGAGGCUCUGCUGGAUUGUCAAAGACCCCUAGCUCCAUCUCAUCACAUACUAGAGGAUCACAGUCGGUCAGCUCUGUAAGGAACCAAUGGCAAGCUAAGAUCAACAAGCUUUCUACCACUCCAUUGUCCGAAGCAUCUUUACCUCCAAAUGGAAGCCAACAGACGCCAAAGUCGCUGAAACGGAGCACUUUCUCCCCUGAUCUCACCACUGGAAUGGGGUUCGCACUUUCGAAUAUAUCCACUCCGUCCUCUAUCAUUCCUAUCCGGACGGGCUCCUCGACGACUGACUCGGUACCGGAUGUAAACAAGUAUCAAAGUGAUUUCAUGGCUUCAAAAACCGCCAAACGCUCCACUGUGUUUGGCAUGGAAGGGAUCACUGCCUCUCCCAUUCCUACCCCGAUCGAACGUCCCUCGACACCACCGUCGAGCUCGAGUGUCAUAUCUGACCAAAGCCCGACAACAAGACAGCGACCGGCGUCCGUAUCAUCCUAUGCCUCGAUAUUGUCUCCACAUUCCACUGGUGAGAGUUCUGUCACAUCAGGUCGGACGCAAGCCCAGGAAGAGAAGCUAGCCGCUGCUAGGGCUAACGCCCUGAAGAGGCUUGAGGCGAGACGAAAAGCUCAAGCUGAAGCGGCUGGUGAGGGUAAUGCAACAAUGAAAGCCACGGCGUCACAGGACAUCCCAGCAGAGGUUACGAUUCGAGCAUCUCCCCCCGCAGCACCAAUCACCUCGACGCCUGAACCGACGGCCGUGAGGUCUUCUCCCUUUGCUCAUCUGUUCGAGCCUCCUUCGUCGAACACGGAGAAGACACCUACCAAACCAACUUUCCACUUCUCCGAGAAUGUCACCCCUACGUCCUCUCGUAGCUACAUCUCGCGGUCGACCGCUGCAUCUUCGACCACUCCUGCACCUUCGGCCGCACCUUCGUAUGUCCCCUCUGGUCUUUCCGUCCCAGCCGCUUCUUCCACUUCCUCUGGUCCCGGGUUGCUCGGAGGGAAAGAUAAAUACGGCUCUAUUAGUAAGACUGAUCGCCGACGUCUCGGACGACAUUUACCAAGGAUCGCAUCGGGCGGCGAGGGAUGGGACGAAGAGGUGGUUCCCGGGCAUAAAGACAUGUCGGAGAAGAGAAUUCCUUCUAGUCUGGGGAGGAAUGCAAUUGCUCCCUCUAAGACAGAGAAUACGCCGCCGAUCCCUACUCCUGACAGACCGUCCACAAGUGCCCCUUCCAGUAGGCCCAGGGCCAUGGACGUCCUGGCGCCCUCGACGACUACCAAUCAACCGAACACAGUUCCAUCACAAAGUGUUCCUUCGACACCAAGCAAACGACGAUCCGUAAUGGUUGCUGAGAAAUUGAAAGAGUCGCUUGCCUCCACACCCAGACCGGAGGUAGCCGGAGAGGAAAUGAAGGGUCUGAUGAGUGCGGUAGGAGCUUUAGGGGUGCGAGGACGAUCGAAGGAAGGUGGUGAGGGUGUAACAGGUAUGGCGAACCGAUUCCGCUUGUCCAAGUCCAGUCUUCCUCCGUCAGCAUCAUCCGCCGCCCUUGCGCCUGCUCCAUUGCCAUCGAGGAAGCUAGCACAAACGAACUGGAUGGAUCGCCAGCGACACGCACUUCAGGCAUAUGAGUAUCUGUGCCAUGUAGGGGAGGCGCAACAGUGGAUUGAGGGUUGUUUGGAUGAGGAGUUGGACUUUGGAGUGACCGAAAUGGAAGAAGGCCUCAGGGACGGUGUCGUCUUAGCCAAAUUGGCUCGAGUUUUCCUCGGAGAGAGUGCUGUCAAACACAUUUACACUGAUGGCAAGCAUCGAUAUAAACAGACUGAGAAUAUCAAUUACUUCCUUCGGUUGCUCCGGAGCGUCGGUAUGCCCGAGACGUUCAUUUUUGAGGUCACUGAUCUUUAUAACAAGCGGAACAUCCCCAAAGUCAUUUUCUGUAUCCAUGUACUGAGUCACCUUUUGUCCCGACUAGGAAGGGCAGAAAGAAUCGGAAAUCUCGUCGGGCAAUUCGAGUUCACUGAUGAACAACUCGCUGCGACACAGAAAGGCCUUCAGGGAGUUCCCAUGCCUAAUUUCGGGGACGUACGAAACACCCUUGCUAAAGAAGCCAGCUGGGAGCCAGAGGAACCGGAAGAGACGGAAGAUGAAAAGCGGGAUCGAGAAUUGAUAGAAUGUGAACCUUCGAUUAUCAACCUACAAAGCCAUCUAAGAGGUCGGCUGGCCCGCGCGAAGACUUCACGUAUUCGAACUCAGCUCGACUUGGCUCUACCGAUCAUCACUCGAAUACAGUCGCAAGCUCGCGGAUACCUUGCCCGCCAGAUUCUCAAAGCCGAACGCACCGAACGAUCUCAUCUCAGUUCAUGGGCGACUGGGCUACAAGCCAUUGUCAGAACGCGUAUCGCCACAACAAGGUGGCAACAGCGCAUUCUUUCUGUGCGUCGGAGCGAAGCAUCUGCAGUCGGUAUACAAGCUCAUGCUCGCGGAAUGCUUGCCAGGGUCCGACUAGCCACAAUCGAAAACGCUCUAGACAAAUCUUCUCGGCAUAUCGUCAAUCUUCAAGCUAUCUGUCGCGGCUGUCUCGCCCGUCGACGUCGAUCUGAGCAUCGUAGAGCCAUGUCUACUCCGGAGAUGGUCCAAACUAUCCGAUCACUCCAAGCUGUAUCGCGAGGAAGACUACAACGUCAAGCCGCUGCCCAACAACAGCUCAAGGUGCAUUCUCAAAUGCAGACAUUUCUGGCUUUCCAAAGCCAUCUCCGUGGCGCUUUGGUUCGACGUACUCGUCGUGCUCAUGAGGAGAAACUCGAUAAUGCCGCUGAUUACAUCGUAUCCAUCCAAGCGGUUUGUCGAGGUAUUCUAGCUCGCCGAAAGAAACAGUCCUUCAUAUCCACCGCUCAAACUGUCGCCCCUGCAAUAACUUCAUUACAAUCUGCUCUCCGUGCUCGUCUAGCUAAGCAAAGUCACCGUAACAUGCAAAAGGCACUUGCUAAGGUCGAAGUAGCCGGUUCAGUUGGAGGUCUCCAGGCUUUCUUACGUACCAAAUUGGCCAAACGACAAGCUACCGAACAGAAAAAACAACUUGAAUUUGUUCAACCUGAUGUGAUCGGUUUCCAAGCUAUAGCUCGAGGAUAUUUAGCUCGUCAAGAAUACCGAGAAUGGCGAGAUUAUCUCUUUGACCCUCAUACACAAGGUGCACUCGUGUUCCUGCAAUCACUCAUCCGAGGAUUUUUAGCUAGGAGACGAUUAUACCUCCGAACUUCUUACAUUCACUCGAGGAUCGAUUCCAUUGUUAAAAUUCAAGCUUUAUGGAGAGGGAGAACUGAACGACAAAUGUAUCAUCGUCUUCUUACUGGUAUGGAGGUAGAUGUUCCAACUAUUCAAAAUUACAUGCACUUGCUAAACGAUACGGAAUCUGAUUUCCGAGAUCAGAUAAGGACGGAUCUACUACGGAAACAAGUAGUAGAGCUCAUAAGGGAGAAUCAAAUAUUAGAGACGGACGUGAAAGAUUUGGAUACGAAAAUAGCUUUGAUAGUUAAUAACAAGAUGACUUUCGAAGAACUUGCCAGAGCUAAGAGAAGGGCGGGACAAGGACAACAAGAACAAAUUUGGCAUCAAACUAAUAUGGAUCCAUUUGGAGGUGGAGCUCAUCUGGAUAAAGGUAGUCAAAGGAAAUUAGAAUUGUAUGAAGGAUUGUUUUUCUUGUUGCAGACAAAAGCGGAAUAUUUGAGUAGGUUGAUAAGGGGUUUGAAAGGAGACGAAGUGGAGAAAGAUAGGAAGAUGGUAGAAGGGGUCGUGUUGGUUUUGUUCGGAUAUGAGAGAAGAGAAGAGUACUUGUUCCAUAAACUUCUUCAGCUGGCGGUACACGAAGAAAUCCUACUCUCCACCACAUUGUCCGAACUUGCCGAACAUCGAUUACCCAUAGUCUCAGUGACUAAACAAUAUGCCAAACCCAGUGUCACUCCUUACGUUCAAGAAAUCAUGUCUGAACAUAUCCUCAGAGUGGUCCAAGCUCAAGAUCUUGACUUGUGUACUGAUCCAUUGGAAAUAUACAAUAGGUCGAUUAAUGCUGAAGAGUCUCAAACGGGAUUACCAUCUCCACGUCCGAGGGAUUUGAAUGCGGAUCAAGUGUUACAGAUUGAUGCUCCUGCUCGUGCUGAGUAUAUACAACAUCUACAGGAACUUCGUUUCCUUUGCGAUCGGUUGAUCAAGGGUUUAGUGGCUUCAACAGUUCAUGUUCCAUAUACUAUCCGUCUACUCGCUCGAGAGUCUUUGUUAGCUCUUAGAGUUAAAUAUCCUGAUGCUUUCGACCAUGAACUCACGCCUGUCGUGGCUAAGACUGUGAUUUUACCCUUUUUGUUACCGGCUAUAAUCGCCCCGGAAACGUUCGGGAUCCUCGACACACCAAUCGGCGCCAUUGAAAGACGUAACCUUGCUGCAAUCGCCAGUCUGGUCACUCAUGUUGCCAGUCAAGACCUUUCGAGUUCUACGAAAGAUCGUUUCAUUCGUGUGCCCCUUCAGGAAUAUAUUAGAGCGGACGGAGAGGUUUUCAGGGACUGGAUCAUGGAGCUCGCUUCUGUUGAGCCACUCGAAACAUACUUCCAGACUCAUGAACUGUUCGAAUCGGCUCUAGAGGCGAAGCCCAUCUCCAUCACUCGCAGUGAAAUAUACGGUAUGCUCGGUGUGAUGGUAAGACAUCUUGCCAUUGUGUCUGGAGGGAAGACUGCGGAUCCCGUUGCAAAGAUAUUGGACGAAUUAGAAGGACCUCCGUUGGAAUAUGAUAAAAGUAAAAUUCCUAUCAGUUUGAGAUUGACCAAUCGUCUGGCUCAACUACAAUCAAAUGAUGAUGAUGCUCCUGGUAAAGAAGACUGGGUGCAGGCUAAACGACAUGUUCUAGCUGUUCUUCGUAUUCAAUCGGGUCGGACAUUAUUCGAUGUCCUCGUCGCUCGACCGGAACAGAUACAUGAGCAAAUGUGGAUUCAAGAGGUUCAUAGAGAUAUGGCAUUGGAGACUGCUCGUCAAGGGACGCAUCAAUUACCGCCGACGCCGGUGGAGAAGGAAUAUCAAAUUGAGAGUAUACGAUCACUCCCCUUCCAUGAAGUCAAAUGCCGUGCGAUAGAAUUCUGCAUGCGACUCGAAUCCCUAGGUCGAUUGUCCCGUGCGGACGCUUUCCAAGGUUUGUUAGUCAGCAUAGCUGGCGAUAUCCGACAAAAACAUCAUCUACGUAAAAUGCAAAAACAAUCUCUUGUGGCUAUGACACGAGCAUAUGAAGAUUUGUCGGCAAAGAAGAGGAAGUUCGAAGAACAGAUUAAAAGUUAUCAUGAUUAUAUCGAUUCGUCAAUGGCGAGUUUACAAGCUAAAGGAAAGAAAAAACCUACAUUCUUAUCGAAACAAUACCGUCAUCAAAGACACGAAGCUAAACUUGGCAAGAAAUCACGUUUCGGUUCUUACGCUUACACCGCUACUGAAUUAUACGACCGUGGUAUCUUAUUAGCCAUCGAUCAAUUCUCUCCUAGACAAUACGAUAAAGUCACACUUGUCAUAGCUUCAGACGAAGUUGGAGUUUUCAGUCUUGAAAUGGCCAGUUCGGCAAGUGCGGCAUCUAGUACUUUGAUAGGACAUGAAGAAUUGAGAAUGGAAGAUUUGUUACAAGCUCAAUUCGAUAAUGAACAAAGUUUGUUGUUAUUUGAUGGAAUGGCGACUUUUAGUAUAAACAUGCUCAUACAUCAAAUCAACAAGAGUGAGUUUCUUUUUUUACGUCGUAUUUGA